AUGGAGCCGUACGUGUUGCUGGACCCGCGACAGAGAGCACUGUAUCGCGACGUGAUGCAGGAGAGCUACGAGACGCUGAUGGCGCUGGAAUUCCCCGUUUCCAAGCCCGAUCUGCUGUCCCGCCUGGACCACAGGGAUGAACCUACAGCCCUGGAUCUCCACGUGCCCCGGGAAACCCCGGCUGCAGAGGAUGGAGCAGGAGCAGAACAGGACCCCCCCCGAGAAGAAGCCGCUGAGAAAGAGCCCGAAGUGGUGAAAGCUGCGGGUGAGGAGCAUCCUCCGAGCCCCACCGAGGCCAGGGCGAAGGCAGGCGGGAGCGGGGGGCCAGGGGAGAUGGCCACGCGCCCGGGCGAGAGCCAACCCAGCAACACAUGCGGCCAGUGCGGCAAGAGCUUCAGCCACAAGUCAGCCCUGGUGAAGCACCAGAAGAUCCACACCGGCGACCGCCCACACGAGUGCCCCGACUGCGACCGCAAGCUGCACCUGGAGAGCGCGGCGUUCCGGUGCGCCGACUGCGGGAAAAGCCUGGCUUCCAACGCCGCCCUGGUCACCCACCGGCGCAUCCACACCGGCGAGCGGCCCUACGCCUGCCCCGACUGCGGGCGCCGCUUCAGCGUCAGCUCCUCCUUGCUCACCCACCAGCGUACCCACGCGCCCAGCGGGGAGAAACCCAACCGUUGCCCCCAGUGCGGCCGCAGCUUUGCCGAUCCAGGGGCCCUCGACCGGCACCAGAAGAGCCACCUGG